AGUCCUGCCGGGGUGUGGGUGGGUAGGUGGUAUCCACAGCCCACGUAUCUCAGCAACAAGAGAAGGGGACCAAGAGAGGCGCCUCUCUGGAGGAAGCGUGACUCUAACCUCGGGCAGCGCAGAGCUACUCCCUUCUCUUCCUCUGGGGUUCCUUACACCCUGCCCAGGACUCUCUUCCUAAACUGCUCUGCCUCCUUUUUCCGCCCUUAAUCCUCUCCCUUCCCUCUUUUAUCCUCCUUUUCCCUCACUAGUCCCUUUCAACCUCAGCGACUGUACCCCUUUCCUUCCCUGUCAGCUGGCGUCUGAAGUCUCCACUAGCCUAUCCCGGAGCUGCUGCAAUUGGCAUUUCCUCCCUGCGCUUCUAGCCCUCCCUUUUAAGGUUAACCUCCAUCUACUUUGUUUGUAUGUUCUGGAUAUCUCUUUAUUUACAUUGCGCCCCUCCUCAAUAAAAGAGCAAUCCAUGAAGGCUGAAUGACCUCCAAGACUCUGGUUUUUCAAGACCUGCAGGAAAUGAGUUGUCACCCUGGUGGAGUCCAACUUUCAGCAGUGUGGGAGGUUCGGCUGUGGUGAGCCAGAGACAGGGAAUGUUUGUCUCCUUUGCUCCCUUGGCAAACGCCAGAGAGGCCCCAGCCGAAGCCAUUUUCAUAGGCUCCUGAUUCCAAUCACCCAGAAUGAAGGGAGGGACAAGUUUCCCACCCCUGGGCCUGUGGCAUCCUGAGGUGGUCAGGAGCAGAGAGAGGCUGAGCACUGAUCUCAAGCCCAACGAUACGUAUUGCUACAGCACCGUCAACAACACCAGUACUGUGCUCCAGGGAGUGACCUUUGGCGGAGUGCCUACUGUCCUGCUCAUAGAUGUCAGCUGCUUCUUGUUUUUAAUAGUUGUGUUUUCCAUAAUUCGAAGAAGAUUUUGGGACUAUGGCCGCAUCGCACUGGUGUCAGAAACAGACAGAGAGUCCAGAUAUCAGAGGCUGUCUUCCUCUUCCUCAGGGCAUCACGACUUUGAAUCAGAUCUGGGGUGUUGUUCAUGGCUAACUGCUGUUUUCCGAAUGCAAGAUGAGCAGAUCCAGGAGUGGUGUGGAGAUGAUGCCAUACACUACCUGUCCUUCCAACGCCAUAUCAUCUUCCUGCUGGUGGUGAUCAGCUUCUUGUCUCUCUGUGUCAUCCUGCCUGUCAAUCUCUCGGGUGAUUUACUGGAUAAAGAUCCUUACAGUUUUGGGAGGACGACGAUAGCAAAUCUGCAGACUGGAAAUGACUUGCUCUGGCUGCACACCAUCUUUGCCGUCAUCUACUUGCUGCUCACCGUUGGCUUCAUGAGGCACCACACCCAGUCCAUCAAGUACAAAGAGGAAAACCUGGUGAGACGCACUCUGUUUAUUACAGGACUCCCCAAAAAUACCAGGAAAGAGACAUUAGAAAGCCACUUCAGAGAUGCCUAUCCCACCUGUGCGGUAGUAGAGGUCCAACUAUGCUAUGAUGUCGCCGAGCUGAUUUAUCUGUGUAAUGAAAGGAAAAAAGCUGAGAAAAGCCUGAACUAUUAUACUAACCUGCAGACAAAGACUGGAGAGAGCACACUCAUCAACCCCAAGCCCUGUGGCCAGUUCUGUUUUUGUGAAAUCCAGGGGUGCGAGAAGGAAGAUGCCAUCGUCUAUUACACCCGGAUGAAAGACAGGCUGCUGCAAAGGUUAUUGCAAGAGGAAUGCACAGUUCAGGAUCAUCCCUUGGGAAUGGCCUUUGUCACCUUCCAGGAGCACUCCAUGGCUACCUUCAUCCUCAAGGAUUUCAACGCUUGCAAGUGUCAGGGCUGCAGAUGCAAAGGUGAGCCACAGCCCUCAUCCUACAGCAGAGAACUCUGCACCUCCAACUGGACUGUUGCCUUUGCCUCCUAUCCAGAGGAUAUUUGUUGGAAGAAUCUUUCUAUUCAGGGCCUCCAAUGGUGGUUCCAGUGGUCAGGCAUCAAUUUCAUCCUCUUCGUAGUAUUGUUCUUCCUGACCACUCCCUCCAUCAUUAUCUCCACCAUGGACAAGUUCAAUGUCACCAAACCCAUUCAUGCCCUAAAUGACCCAGUAAUCAGUCAGUUCUUCCCAACACUCCUUCUGUGGUCCUUCUCUGCACUGCUGCCUUCCAUUGUCUACUACUCCACACUGCUGGAGUCACAUUGGACCAAGUCAGGAGAAAAUAGAAUAAUGAUGGUCAAGGUGUACAUUUUUCUGAUCUUCAUGGUGCUGAUCCUUCCCUCUCUGGGUCUUACCAGUCUAGACUUUUUCUUCCGGUGGCUGUUUGACAAAGCUUCCUCUGAGACCUCAGUCAGAUUGGAGUGUGUCUUCUUGCCUGACCAAGGAGCCUUCUUUGUGAACUAUGUCAUCGCCUCAGCCUUUAUCGGCAAUGGUAUGGAGCUCCUGCGGCUGCCUGGGCUCAUUCUCUACACCAUCCGCAUGAUCAUGGCCAAGACAGCUGCUGACCGAAGGAACCUCAAACAGCAUCAGGCUUUUGAGUACGAGUUUGGAGCUAUGUAUGCAUGGAUGCUGUGUGUUUUCACCGUCAUCAUGGCCUACAGUAUUGUCUGCCCCAUCAUUGUCCCUUUUGGUCUUAUCUACAUCCUCCUCAAGCACAUGGUGGAUCGACACAACCUCUACUUUGCCUAUCUCCCUACCAAACUGGAAAAGAAGAUCCAUUUUGCUGCUGUGAACCAGGCUCUGGCUGCCCCCAUCCUCUGCCUUUUCUGGCUGUACUUUUUCUCCUUCGUGAGGUUAGGUUUCCAGGCACCCACAAGCCUAUUCACCCUGCUGGCAGUGCUGCUCACCAUUGCCGUCUGCAUAGGUUACACCUGCUUCGGCUGCUUCAAGCACCUCAGCCCCCUCAAUUACAAGACGGAUGAAUCGGCAAACGACAAAGGAAAUGGAACAGACGGAAGCCUCCCUCCCAGAGCUGUCCAGAUGUAUGUGCCCAGGGUCCUGAGCAGCUUGGCCUCGGAGAGGACUUCCCUGUCCCCGCAUGAUCAGCAGACAUACGGCGCCGUCCAGAACAUCAGUGGGGCCCUCCCCGGACAGCGCUCUCCACGGCCUUCAGACUUCACUCCUUCCUUGGAUGACUGAGAUGAGCACGAAUGGGGUGGAGCCCUCCAUCUGGCUCUGGGGAGAAGGAGAAGCUGGGCACACGCAGCUUGGUUUCCAAGCACCUCAGCUUUCUCCUGUAAUUUUGACUCAUAUUAAGCUCCAUUUUCCUAGGACAGGAAAGCCAAAUGGCUCACAAAGUAGAGGGUCUGCCUGGGAGGGUGGUUAAGGCUCUUGGCCCAAACUGCUCGGUGGAUAUCCACUAGAUGGCCAGUAGGAGGGGCAACCCCAGCUUUUUGGAUUCCCGAUAGCCCCUUUUGAGAGGUUUUCCUCUCUAGCUCUGUUCCCUGGCAAUGCUACCCCCACGAUGCCAGCAUCUAUAGCUCGCUGUCUGCAAUGAAGUACUUUAAUUAAAGGUUCAUGUUUAGCAUUGUGGCCCUGGACAAACAAUCCAGGGCACUGAGAAUAAGAGACUGGGGCCAGGGCAGCCUGGAGCAGGGUUUUCUUCCUCCUGAGCCCUUGCACUAACAUGUAUAUCCAAACACACACAUGUACACCAAAUACACAUAAUUUGUAAGCAAAGAGCCUUCGGGGCAGAGGGUGCUGGGUAAGUUUCCAGGUGGGAGGAAGGGGACUGCUCUUGGUCCAGUCUUCCCUCUGUACCAUUGAAUUCUACCUGUCAGGGAGUCCCAGUUUAUUUGGUGCUGGGCCCAGUCUGCCAAAGACCUUCCCAGCCGCUGUCCCGGGGCCAGUGGUGAUGAAGGGGAAGGUGGUUUCAAGCCCAUUUCUUCUUGGGCAGAAUGCCAACUCCACCCACAGCGCCGCUGCUCCCUGCCUACAAUGCCUUAUUGCUUGUGUUGGUUCUUGGGCUUUCCUGCUGUUGCCUCGUGAUGUCAGUGACACUGCGAGCCAGGUCACUAGGGCUUGUGUCAUACGGUGCAAAGAUGAAGAUGAUGGUCCCUUAAUAAAGAGUGGAACAGAGAGGGCACAGUUGGCCAGGCCAGGCCAGGUUCUCUCUCUGACUUGACUCUC